AUGGCAUUCCUCUUCAAGAGUAAAAAGCAUGCAGAUAAGGCUCAAGCCUUGAGAGAUGGCGGAAAUGGGGCUCCUGGUUCACAAUCAUCCCUCCAAAGCGAGAAAGGUCGUAUGCCGCAACAAGCUGAGAGGACGACGACCCCUUCGAGUAGUGUCAAUAAUUCCAUUACGUCGCUGCAAGGAGGAAAUCCAGCGACGCCAAGUCCAGAACAAUUAAACGGACGACGAGGACCAAACCCAGAGCAAGCGCAGGAUCUCGCGCUGCGAAACGGCGCGCCGCCGCCGCCAACACAGUCAAUGAAUUCAAAUCCUAAUUCCUCAUUAUACCCAUGGUCGCAGCGAAGAAUAACAUACACAACUAAUCAUCCUCCUCCCUUUCCUCGAUAUGGCGCCGCUGUCAAUUCCAUGGCCUCGAAAGAGGGUGAGAUAUAUCUCAUGGGAGGUCUCAUCAAUAGCUCAACAGUAAAGGGUGAUUUGUGGAUGGUAGAAGCGGGUGCCAAUAUGGCAUGCUACCCAUUGGGCACUACUUCUGAAGGUCCAGGACCAAGAGUCGGCCAUGCGAGUUUACUGGUGGGAAAUGCCUUUAUUGUCUAUGGAGGAGAUACCAAGAUGGAGGAUUCUGAUGUUCUAGAUGAAACUUUAUACCUCUUGAAUACUUCCACAAGACAAUGGUCAAGAGCUGUCCCAGCAGGACCGAGACCGGCCGGCAGAUAUGGGCACUCACUGAACAUUUUGGGCUCAAAAAUCUAUGUCUUUGGUGGUCAAGUCGAGGGAUAUUUUAUGAAUGAUCUGGUUGCAUUUGAUUUGAAUCAACUGCAAAUUCCGACAAAUAGAUGGGAAAUGCUUAUAAAGAAUAGUGAUGAAGGUGGACCUCCUGUCGGACAGAUACCCCCAGCCAGGACAAAUCAUUCUGUGGUCACUUUUAAUGAGAAGCUUUUUCUAUUUGGAGGAACAAAUGGCUUUCAAUGGUUUAAUGAUGUUUGGUGCUACGAUCCGAUCACUAAUGCAUGGACUCAACUGGAUUGUAUUGGGUAUAUUCCAGCUCCUCGAGAGGGCCAUGCCGCUGCAAUCGUGGACGAUGUAAUGUAUAUUUUCGGUGGUCGAACUGAAGAAGGUGCAGAUUUAGGCGAUUUGGCAGCAUUCAGAAUCUCAUCCAGGCGUUGGUAUACCUUUCAGAACAUGGGUCCGUCACCUUCCCCACGUUCUGGACACAGUAUGACGGCGUAUGGCAAACAAAUUAUUGUUCUUGCUGGGGAACCAAGCACGGCAGCUCGUGAAGCUCAAGAUCUUGCAACCGUUUACGUUCUCGACACAAGCAAAAUUCGAUAUCCCAAUGAUCAGCAAUCAUCCCAACAGUCUCAACAAGGUGCUGGUAAUGAGCGUGUGCCUGGGGGUAGACGUCCCAGUGCAGGUGAGAAGAGUGGGUUGGGUCCGCGAAACAUGGGCUCUAGGGAAAAUUCCGCAUUACCAGAGCCGAAGAAAGGCAACGGCCCACCCAGAGAGGGCGCCAAUAGCCGAAAUGGUGGACAACCAAAUGUGAACGGUAACGAUUCCAACGGCAUCGCUCCUGGUUCAGCUCAACCCCAGGGCCCACAACCUGGUUCGAAACUACCUAGGGCAUCAUUGGGACAGCCUGGUCCACCACCACAACAGCAAGUACCGAAUCCUCGAGGUCCUAAUGCUGGUUCUAACGGUAGAGGCCCCAGAGGUCCCCAGGGUCCACAAGGUCCACAAGGCUCACAGGGCUCACAAGGCUCACAAGGCUCACAGGGCUUACAGGGCUCACAAGGUCCACAAGGUCCUCAGAAUGCUCCGAGUCCUCCAGGGCAAGGGAGACCCAACAAUCAAUUUGGCCCUGCUAUCGAUAUCUCUAUGCGAAACCCCAAACUGGAGAAUAUUCCUCUGGUUCAACGAGCCCUCUCGCCUGCACAGGAAGAAAGUCCCCUGGCUCGAGAGAGUCCAAUCACCAAUGGUCCGCGUCCUCCACUUCAAAACGUUUCACAGCAAGAACAUCAAACAUCACAUAACCAAAUUCCUCCUCAGAUGCAAGCUGGAGUUCCACCUCAAUCACAACCCCAACAAAUUGCCAAAUCCAUAGCAAGGCAAGAUUCCGACGCCCGGCAACCUCAGCAGACGCCAAAGUCAAUAAGCAGGCAAGAUUCUAACUCUCAGCAACCGAGUGGCACGAACUCGAGAGCCUCGUCGAAACAAAGCCAGCCCCGUGGUCAAAGUUCAGUGGAUAGCAAUACAGAUGUUUCUUUGAGAGAUGCUAUGAGUCGUCAAGUGUCGCCUCCCCCGCCUACAAGACAACCAAGUAAUCCUCUUAGUCGAAGGACUUCGGCCAGAGGUUCUCAAACUGUGACGUUGCUAAAGGAGUUAGAUGCUGCCAGAAACAGAAAUGCCUGGUAUGCUUCUGAGCUUGAACUUGCACGGAAAGCCGGAUAUACACCCAACCCUUCGACGAGUCCUAUGUUAGAUCAGAAAGCAGCAGAAUCUUUCGAUGACGAUGAUAAACCACUCAUUGAAGCACUUUUGGCAAUGAAAGCAGAGCUGGCCAAUGUCCAGGGUUCAAUUGACAAGCAAGCAGUCCUUGCAGCAAAACAAAUCGCUGAGGUUGAAAAGCAAAGAGAUGCAGCUAUUAAUGAAGCGGUAUACCAUAAAGCGAAACUUGCAGCUCACGCUGGAAGUCAAAGUAGCACGCCACAGCCCGACAGCGAAAAUAGAGACAUCGAAGCCAUGACAAAUGAUCGAUCUUCGGAUAUCAGCAGGAAACUAGCUGCCGCUCUAGCAUCGCAACGAGAUCUCAAGAACAAGGUGGAUAGCCUUACCGCUGAGCUCGAAGCUGAAAAACGUGGAAGACAGCUCGCCGAGGAUACUGCCAACAUCACACAAUCACGAAUGGCCGAAUUACAAACAUACAAACAACAGAAUUCUUCCGAGGUUGAACUGCUCAAAGCAGAGUUGCACGAAUUAGAAGUUGCAGCCAGGGAAGAGGCGAUUGUUUGCCAAGAAGCUGUCGCAGCCGCACAACUUAUUCAAGCUGAAAAGGAUGAAUUAGAAGCACGACACAAAGAAAUAUUGGUCACUGCGCAGGAUCACAGCGAGACAUUCGAGUCGCUCCGGGAAGCCAUAACGUCGUCCGCCGAUAUGAAGAACCUACUGGAACGAAAACUCGACGAGGAACGUGCUUUACGCGAAUCUGUCGAAGAAAAACUCUCGGCGCUUAGAGCUGAGCACGAAAAUCGUACUUCUGAGCUAGAGUCCGUUACCCGACGUCUGAGAGAUGCCGAAGAAAUUGCUGAACAACAUGCAAUUGAGGCUCGAACUCACAAAGAAGCAGUACUGUCUGGCCUCGACAAGAUCUCGAGUACUAGAGAUUUUGCGCCAAAGGAUUCCGCCAGAGAUGACCGCGCUUCAGCCCUUGAGGCACAAGUUCAAGCUUCUAAUGCCUUGGUUCGCAAAUAUCAAGCUGCAGCGAAUACUGCUUCAGACAAGCUUCGAAGUGCCGAGGAACGCAUUGCCGGGCUGGAGGCUUAUCAAGAGCAGGCAAGUCGGGAAGGCAUGUCCAUUCGAAAGCAGCUUCAAGCGUAUAUGCGUGAAGCACAAUCACUCCAAGCUGCUAACUCUGAUAUGAAACAUCAACUUGCUAACCAACAGUUGGAGACGAAUGCAGUCAACGUACAGCACAACACUUUGAAGGAUAUUCUUGGUGAGCGUGGCAUCAGUCCUGUUGGUGCAUCAAGAACUCGAGGAUUGUCUAGUCCUCAAUCGGGCUCUAAUACACCAGAUAUGGCGCGUCUUCGUGAACUUGAACAACAACUCGCAGCUAGCAUGCAUUCACACCAAGAGACUAAGGAAGCCUUUGAGAACCGAGAGCAAGAAGCCGAGAGUGCUUAUCGCGAGAAGUUGAGUCAGCUAGAGAAUGACUAUCAAUCCGCCGUCCACUACGUAAAAGGCACUGAAAAAAUGCUCAAACGAAUGAAGGACGAACUGUCCAGAUACAAGCAAGAUAAUACACGAUUGAAGGAACAGCUCACGGCUGCUGAGGAAAGAUCUACCUCAACAAAAUCGCCUACGAACUGGGAAAGUGAACGUGCCGGCUUGGUUGGUCAAAUCGAGACACUUCAGUCAGAGAUUAAUACAUCGACUGUGCAAAUGGAGAAGCAAUUGACGGAUGUUCGAAAGGAAUUACAAGACACUCAAACUAGUAACUCUGAACUGAAGCAGAAGUAUGAAGCCUUGGAAAAGCAAUUGGCUUCUAGCAGUGAGCAAGCACGUCAUGAACUUGACCAAUUGCAAGAAGAAAAUGCUCAGUUAGAAAAGCGUGCUCAAGAUGCUGAGGAAAAGGUUUCAUUGCUACUUGAUCAAGUUGAAUCAUCAGUUGAUAAUUACCGUCGUCAAUCACGUAAUCUCGAUAAUAUGGUCGGGGCAACGGCUCCUUCUACAAACCAACGAAACUCUAUUGGUCACGAAUCGGUAUCUGAAUCAUCGAUGUAUGGUGGUGCGAAUGACAACCGCAAUAGCAUGGCUUUAGAUAGUCUUGCCUCGGAAUUAGAAACGCUACGAACGCAAUGGGAAACCACAAACAAGAACUAUAGACUUAGUGGUUUUGGUGAUUUCGAGGAACGACCUACUACCAGCAAAUCCGACGCCGACAAUGCUCCUCAAUUAAGUGGUAGUCUCGCAGAUUGGAGGAAACGAUUAGAUGUCGAAGAGCAAGAAGCUAAAUCAAGAAAAGAAAGCUUGACCGGUUCGGAAAGAAUUAUGAGUCCUACUGGCGGUAGAAAGGAUUCAAAUGCUGGCGCAUCAACUUCGAAUCAAGUCAACGUACUUUGA